AUGUCGGAGGCCAACAGGAACGAAACUACACCUAACGAAUCCUAUCCAAAAGACGCGUCGGGCGUAGGGCAAGGGAUUAUACAGGUUCAAAACUCGCCGGGGGGUGCUCAAGGGUCUCCUUGGGGCAUUCGGACCUCUCCAUGGCUUUCUCAAGCGACUAGUGCAUCCUCUUGGGGGUCACCAGCCCAGAACCCGUGGUCAAAUACUCCCCACCAAUCCCCCAGCUAUCCUCUUGCAACACAGGCUUCUUCGUGGGGCAGCCGAGCUCAUGACCCGUCAACGAAUGCGUUUUCAACCACGCCCCAGCACUCGGGUGACUAUCAAACAACUCGGAGCUCUAAUUGGGUAUCACAGUCUCAGAGUCCAUGGGGGAAUGGAUUGGCACCAACUCCUCGUCAAUCGCCUGGUUGGAAUAGCAUCCCUCGGUACUCAAAUGCUCCAGCAAUCAUACCAGUACCAUUACCUCCCUCGGAAUUGAACCCUUGGGCGACCCCAGGGAGCACCAUGGCUUCAGGUCCCAUCCUAUCACAGAGGGCAAACUAUCCACCAACUUCAAUGGACCUAGCCGACGACCACAGCUUAGAGCCAUUAAUGGUUGCUACCAACCCUUUCGAUCGACCGACACGCAAACAUCGAAAACAAAAGGCCGAAGCUGUCGAGGAAGCGGUGGCGAAUCCACAACCGACAGUCCAUUUCCAGCAGACUCCUGUUUUCAUCCCCCCGCCAUUAACUCCUGCGACCACGGUUCCGACUGAAAUUGAUCCUGCAGACAUACCUCUGCCUGCAAGCGAUACGAGUAGCGAAAUUUCCACAACCAGCAGUGCAACUUCCACAACAAGUAGCGCAAGCUCUGUGAAAGUUUUUCCAAUCGACAUUCGACCUAUUGUCAAUCAGGCAACAGCGCCGACCUUCGAUUUACCAUUGGGUUUUGUGCCUUCCGGACCGAAUCUUCCGAUGGUCGUCUCGAAUGGACCCACAGCAUUGCCAGUUACUCCGUUCAAGGGCUCACCUGCCACCUCCGUGUCAACCCUUCCGAUUCCAGUGACUACACCAUCGAAAAAGAUGCAUAUUUUCGAACAACUCACUGAAGCGCUCAGCGACAGUCUCAGCGAGCUGAGGAUUUUGGAAGAUGGCCUAGAAAAGUUUUACGGCUAUGCUAUCUUCUUGCGGAUCCCGUCGUUAUAUUUCUCGCGUGUUGCUCGAAUCUUCGAAGACGCGCGGACUAGCAAACCGGACAUCCAUCGCAUGGCACGUGCGAGGUCGUCCCAGUGGAAGCAACCAAACGAGAUCCUUGCUUGGGCAGACUAUGACCCAACUCCGCUGCCUAAUUCUUUGCUGCAUCUCCGUGCGUCUUGGGAGAGUUUUAUCGAUUCAUUGAUGCGCGAGUGGAAGACGUUGAAUGUGGUCAGCGUGCUGCUCAUGUCGGCCAUAUUGACGCUGUUGCAGAUUGAAAGUGCUGCUCACCCAAUUACGCGGACAACGGCGUUUUUCUCUCUGAUUUGUGCUCUUUUCAGCCUGUUAUAUGGCUGCAUGUACAUCAUCCGAUUCGGAACGAUGCGCAAAAUGCAUAAAGCCGCGAGUUUGGCGCAAGCUGUGGAAGGGAAUGGUGAAUCUGUCAACAUCUGGUGGAAUGUUUGGAUCAUGCUUGCCAUGCCGUUGACCUGGCUUGCGUGGUCGAUCAUCACGUUUCUGGCCUCGAUUAUGUCGUUCAUCUGGCUCACCGGCUCGUCGCAAGAUUCUAUUCCGACGCUUUCCCUUCGUGGUGCACUCGGAGUUCGACUCGCGCUGACCUGUGUGAUGGCGUUCGGGAUUAUAUACUUUGUUCUUAUCGUGCGCGAGUUCCAGCGGUACGGCGAUGCGAUGGACCGUGCUUGGAUGAAGUCCGUGAUGGAAGACCUUGCGUUGGCGCGGAACUGGGUGUCGACUGCGAAUGCCGCUCCUCCCCAGCAGAGGGCGUGGGAAAAUACCCGCCCUCCCAACCCAUAUUAUGACCCGAUAACGCCUCCGCUUGAACGAUCACCGCCAAUGACACCCGCGCCACCACCACCACCUCUGGGUAUGGACGAUUCAGAGACAGACGACCUUGUUCCGCCCGUCGUUCCGGGUGGAAUACGAUUACCACCGUACUUCAAGGAGGUACUGCAGAGUGAUCUACCAUUGACAGCGCUGCCCGAUGCGUUCUUGAAACCGGUCAGCGACCUGCAAGACGAGUCGUAUCGCGGCUUGAACUUCCGGCAUUCGAUCAUGCAUCUGGAUCGCGGUGUCAGGGCCGUCGAAGACUGGAUGAGCGAGGAUGAUGGGGGUUUCUUGAGGCUGGACACGGACGAUCGGGUCCGUUUUGUGCAGGACAUAACAAGUGCGUGGACCAGCCGUAUACGGCUGCAGACAGACGCGCCUGAAUAUGUGGAGACCCCGCUCUCGCCUCCCGACCCGCAAGUGGUGCAGGAGUUCGUUGACCUGUGGAACACGCGGUACUUCCGUCCGCGGAAGCUGGAAGUCGUGCUCCAGCCCUCGAUCUAUCGACUUGCGACCGCUGUUCCCACGGAUCUGCAGUAUGUUGUAGAUAUCCAGUCCAUCGGCGGGAGUGGCGAGCCGCUGCCGUGGGGCUGGUGGCUCGAGGAUGGGGGCCUUGGGGGCGAGGGGAGGCGGAGACAGACUGCAGUGAGUAAACGGAAGAAAAAGAGGAAAUUGUAG